AUGCAAAGAGAUCUUGCACAAGCAAUAGAUAAGCCGGUAAGGAGACAGACAGACGAAGAGAUGUCAAGAAAAAAAGAAGGGAAAGGCGACUUGCGACUUAUUAGAUAUAAUCGGUUAUACAAGCAAGCCGUAAGAAGUCAUCUGAGGAGGAGAGAUUAUUGGGGAUGGGAAGGAGAGCUGCAUGCUGGUGCUAAGGCCGGCGUACCAAGUUUAGCCACCUCACUUGGAAACUUGGUGCAGACGGGGGGGCGGAGGUACAAGGCUGCUGAUGCUGCUGAUGCUGCUGAUGCUGCUGAUGCUGCUGAUGCUGCUGAUGCUGAUAAUGGAUUGUUAAGUACCGGUGAUGCAUGGUCUCGAGGACAUUUUGGAUCCCGAGUGCAGAGUGCAGAGUGCAGAACGCAGAACGCAAACGCAAAACCCAGAAACCAGAACGCAGAACGCAGAACCCAGAACCCAGAACCCAGAACCCAGAACCCAGAACCCAGAACCCAGAACCCAGAACCCAGAACCCAGAACCUAGAACCCAGAACCCAGAACCCAGAACCCAGAACCCAGAACCCAGAACCCAAAAUACAAAAUACAAAACACAGAACACAGAACACAGAACACAGAACAUAG